AUGAAAACAACGAAUUUGAAGAAGAAUGCGCAGUGCGAUCGACCAAAAGAGCCGUACGGCACUGUGCAGUUUCUUUCAAAACAUCGUCGCCGGGUUUUAUCGCUUCUCUGUCCGCGACAUCCGGGCGCCCGCCCAGUUUGGCGGUUUCGCAAUCAGCUGUUCCCCGGUCACAAUCAGUGGCGACAAACCACACAAGAAAGAGUUCGGCGACGGGAUGACGAACACGGGUUUCUUCUUCGAAUCCCGUCGCCGCAAAUCGGGGUUCCCCGUCGUUGGAAGAGAGCGACUGGAAACCGCCCUCCUUUCCGAUUCCCCGAAUUCAGCGCGACUUCAGAGCGUCAAAAGAGGGGAAAACUGGGAUUGCGACAGAAAUGUCGCUGUUCUUCAAAGAUCACUCCUGAGCCGCAAAAAAGAGAGAACGGUUCCAAACCGCACAGUGCUUUGGUGGCUCGGCCACUGAGAGACUCGGACCUUGGCCACGGAGCGAGAGCUCGGCUUUCUGUGACCAUUCUCCCUGAGGGCUCGAUUCAAAAACAACCCCUCGGGCAUGAGAAAUAA